GCCUGGGCAGUACUGUUUUGGCCCUCUAAAAACAUUGUAGGAAAGAAGUAAGCCACAUGGAGUUUCGGACUCACUGAGAAGUAAAAGUUACGGUGACAGAAGUGGGCCAAGGCUCCAUGGCGAUACCAGCACCCUCCAUCCUGCUGGUGCCCCCACACCCCAGCAGUCAAGAGGAUCCUAUCUACAUUGAAUGCAUGGCCCCCAGGGGCUUCCCAGGGGCCAAUUUCACGCUGUACCGAGGGCAGAAGGUGGUCCAGCUCCUGCAGGCCCCUGCAGACCAGUUCAGGGUCACCUUCAACCUGAGUGGUGGCAGCUGGGAGGCUGCAGGGGGAACAUUUCACUGCCAGUAUGGCGUGUUAGGCGAACACAGGCAACCACAGCUGUCAGACUUCAGUGAACUUGUGCACGUUUCCUUCCCAGCGCCCAUUUGGAUCCUGGCACUCUCCUUGAGCCUGGCUGGAGCCCUCCUCCUUGCUGGGCUGGUGGCUGUUGCUGUGGUGAUCAGAAAAGUUAAAGUAAAAAAAAUGCAGAAGAAAAGAGAGCAAGAAUCCUGUUGGGCCCAGAUUCACUUCACCACCACAGACAUGUCCUUUGAUAAUUCCUUGUUUGCCAUCUCAACGAAAAUGACUUCAGAAGGAGACACAGUCACCCUGGAUGCUUGCUCAGGCUCUGCUGCAACCGAUGAAAACUCCAGGCCCCGGAAGAGGCCCACCUCCACAUCAUCCUCACCUGAGCCCCUUGAAUUCAGCACCUUCCGGGCCUGCCAGUGAGGCUGAGGAUUGGGGCUCCUCUCUCUUUGUCUAUGCAUUCUGCCCUCCAUUCACCCUUUCAUUUGAGCUGGUGGGCUGUGUAGGGACCGAGGUCCUUGCAGCUACUUUGGGGGGCUCUGGCUGCUGCUUUCUCAGGGAACUGGACAGAGACAAAGGGAUGCCUGGCCUUGAGACCUUUCUCACAGAGGAGCAGGAGUGGAAGAGAGGGGGAGCAGGCAUUGGUGGGGAGGCUGGACAGAAAGCAGGAAGUCUCUCUUUGGAGCCUCAGCUUCUCAGACCACCAGGGAAAUUGUUAGGAUCCCUUCUGGUCUUCAGUUGGGCCAUAAGAGGUCUGAGCUCUCUGCACACCCCUCUGGUUUCCUCUUCCCUUGUCACACCUGACUUGGACAACCCAACUGAGUUUUUGCAGCACAGGGUACCUGGGGGUAUGUUCUGAGUGUCUGCCUUGCUGGUAUACCUAAGUUAAUUAUAGCACGUGUUGAGCUGUUCCCCAGUCCUCUACGGAGUGGAAUCCUUCAAGCCUGGGACUUCUGGGGACCAAUCACUGGCUACCUGGUGGAUGGGGGGAGUACCCCUCAAAUGCUUGCAGAACAAGGUGUUUUAUAGGGAGGCCCAUGAGGGUGGAGGGAGGGGACAGUGCCUCAGGGAACUCUGCUCAAGUCCUGGCGUUGGUGGGUAGAGGAGGUAGCAUG